AUGCAGGAGAGUUCGUAUCCUUCAAGUUCAAGCUUUUAUAAGUUUGGAUUAUCUGAACCUGAGAAUUCAUCGUACUAUCGUUACGGCCAUGGUUAUGAGAUAAGUCAUCACGAACCACUGGUGGAUGAGUAUAGGAGACCUUCAGAGAACUCAUUGACACUCAAUGAACAGCCAGCAGCAGUAAGCACAGAAUGGGUUGAAAGUGGAAACACUGAUGCACGGGACAAUUCUAUCGAAUGUCCUCGAAGACAUCAUAGUAAUUCAAGUGAUUAUCAGGUCAUUUGGCAAGAUAAUAUUGAUCCCGACAACAUGACCUAUGAGGAACUACUUGAAUUAGGUGAAGCUGUUGGAACCCAAAGCCGCGGUCUCACCCAAGAACAGAUCUCCUCACUCCCAGUGUCGAAGUACAAAUGUGGUUUCUUCUUGAGGAAGAAGUCACGAGAUGAGAGAUGUGUGAUUUGCCAGAUGGAAUAUAAAAGAGGGGACAAGCGUAUCACCUUGCCAUGUAAACAUCUUUAUCAUGCUAGUUGUGGGAACAGGUGGCUUAGCAUCAAUAAGGCUUGCCCUAUAUGUUACACAGAAGUGUUUGCCGACAAGUCAAAACACAAAUAA